AUGCACAGCAGUAUUGAGCCAGCAAAGAAAAAUUCUGAGGUUUACUGCAUGUCUGAUUAUUUAUCAAUUUUCAAACGAGCAAGAUCGAACAAAACAAUAACUGUUGAAGGUAAUUCGUUCAAAACGCCCUACAAAAAGAAAGAAUUUAAAUACAACGAAAUUUACGAUUUAAAAAAAUUAGCUGAUGAAACUGUUUUCAAUCGCUCAAAAAAUAAUAACGGAAAUCAAGUGAAGUGGCUCAAAAUAAAGAGAAUACGACAUCUUCACGAAGAGAGCUCCAAAAUUUAUUUUAAUUAUGACAUGUCUGUAACGUUCUUAUACAUCGAUAUCUCAAAAAAUACGGAGCCUUCUCAACGUCUCAGUACUAGAGUUAAAAAAGGCAAAGAAACCACUACGCCUCAGACUAGUGUCUUAAAACACUUUUACUUGAACUCUUUACCCAUAAGUGAAGUUAAAAAGAGAGAUCUUCUAAGUUUAUGUACUAAAAAAAUAAUUCCUGAGGAAUGCCAUGGUUUGUACUCUUCUCUACCAACUGCAACCAAUCAAGCAGAUCGUUUACCUGAACCUUCAAUUGACGAAGAAUUAUCAGAUUACAAUCCUUAA